GCAUCCACCAAAUCGACCGAUCCAUUUCGAAAACGCGACCCGACUUCCCAAUUUCCCCAUUUCCCGUCCCCAUUCCAUAGCCCAGCCGCCGCCUCGCUGCCCGUUGCUCCCCUUUCUUCUUCCCCCGAGAGCCAACUCCUCGCCCGCCGCACCCACAGCCGGAGAGAGAGAGAGCGCGAAGAAGGCAAAGCGCCGCCGCGAGGACGACCGAGGCCGAGGAGUGAUGGCGUCGAGGACGGCGUCCAAGGACAUCAUCACGCUCAAGGGCUCCGCCGCCAUCGUCAGCGAGUUCUUCGGUUACGCGGCCAACAGCAUCCUGUACAACCGCGGGGUGUACCCGGAGGAGAGCUUCGGCAAGGUGAAGAAGUACGGCCUCCCCAUGCUGCUCACGCAGGACAAGGCCGUCAAGACCUUCCUCACCAACCUCACCUCCCAGCUCUCAGAGUGGCUGGAGGGUGGGAAGCUGCAGAGGAUUGUGCUGGUCAUCAUGAGCAAGGCCACCGGCGAGGUGCUCGAGCGCUGGAACUUCAACAUCAUCACUGACGGCGAGGUCGUCGAGAAAGGGGCGGUGAAGGAGAAGAGCGACAAGGAGAUCAUGAGGGAGAUCCAGGCCAUCAUGCGGCAGGUCAACUCCUGCAUCUCCUUCCUCCCCUGCCUCGAUGAGCCAUGCAUAUUCGACGUGCUGGCCUACACCGACUCGGACACCACCGUGCCCUUCACCUGGAUGGAGAGCGACGCCAAGCUCAUCGAAAACCCGCAGAUGGUGAAGCUGCACUCGUUCGACACCAAGAUCCACAAGGUGGACACGCUGGUGUCGUACAAGGUGGACGACUUGGACGAGCAGUGACCUGUGGGUGUGACCCAGAGCGUCCAGACAUCCCCUGUAGGCGUGAAGCUCUGUGUGAAUCGUUCAUUCACGUCUGGCCGUCGUUAUCGUACUGUUGCCCCCCUGCCUCUACCAAAACCUGUACUGUUAUUUCUCAAAAAAAAAGUACUGUUAUGUUAUACCUGAA